UUUCGUAAUUUUCUUCCAAAUAAUUGUGUAAACGAGAGCUGGUUCUACAAAUUCGUAACCAUGACAUCUUCCCAAGAUGCCUGCUACAUAUCUUUGCUUGGACUAGCGGAAUAUUUUCGAACGGCUACGCCCCCAAAUAUCAAGAAGUGUAUUCAGUGUCUGCAGGCCCUAUUUACCUUCAAGCCGCCCCUGAAAGUGGAAGCUCGAACUCAUUUACAGCUGGGGCAGAUUCUUAUGGCGUAUACAAAAAAUAUUGAACUGGCCCGGAAUCACCUGGAGCAGGCCUGGAUGCUUUCGGAAAAUAUUAAUAAUUUUGACGACGUGAAAUUCGAUACAGCGAGUUUGUUGGCUCAACUCUACCAGCAGCAGGAGCAGAGUGCGUUGGCAAAGCCGGUUUUGCGUAAAGCGAUUGAACUGUCUCAGCAUAACGUUUAUUGGCACUGCAAGCUGUUAUUCCAGUUGGCGCAAACACACGCCACCGACAAAGAAUAUGCUUUAGCUUCGGAGUUGCUGGCCGUUGGGGUAGAAUCUACCGAUGAAUCCAAUGCUACUUAUUUGAAGUCACUGUUUCUGCUUAGUCGAGCGAUGAUAAUGAUGAUCGAACGGAAAAACAGUGAUGUUCUGGUUAUAUUGAACCAAGCAGGGACAAUCAUAGAUAAUUCGAUUCAGAACAUUCAUCUGAAAGAAUACCUGAAGGUAUUCUUCUUCGUGUUGCAGGUUUGUCACUACUUGCAAUUAGGGCAGGUGAAAACCGUAAAGACAAGUUUGAAACAGCUGCAGCAGAGUAUUCAAACUAUAAUGGCACCAAAUUGGCCAACCGAUGAACAAAUCUUCGGUCAGAAUAGUACUGAAAUGUUUAUGUGGCUACCGAAGGAGCAGCUCUAUGUCCUGGUUUACUUGGUGACAGUUUCCCACUCGAUGAUGGCCGGUUAUAUGGACAAGGCGCAGAAGUACACUGAGAAGGCAUUGACCCAGAUUGAAAAGUUGAAGUCUCAGGAAAAUAAACCUAUUCUUGCAGUGUUUCAAAUUAUUCUGCUUGAACAUAUCAUUAUGUGCCGGCUUGUGAUGGGCAACAAAUCGUUGGCGAUUAAAGAAAUUGCUUUAGCUAAAGACGUUUGCCUUUCGUCACAUAAUAAGUUUUUGCUCAAAAAGCAUUCGGCUCAAUUGCAUUGUUUGCUUGGACUGUAUGCGAUGUCAGCCAGUUUGUUUGACCAUGCGGAACGACAGUUUCUUAGUUGUAUUGCGGAUUCUAACGAAAGAGAUUUGAAACUUUUUGCCAACUUGAAUUUGGCAAUUGUCUAUUUGCGUAUGAAACGAGAACAAGAUUUAAGACAAAUUCUGGAAACAGUUCAGCAGGAGAAUUCUCAAUGCUCUAACAGUCAAGCGCUAAUGGGAAGUUUCUACUAUGUGCAGGGGUUGAAUGCGUUUCAUAAGAGCAGCUUCCACGAGGCAAAACGUUUUCUCCGCGAGACUUUGAAGAUGGCAAACGCUGAAGAUUUGAAUCGACUGACUUCCUGCUCGCUAGUUCUCUUAAGUCACGUUUUUCUCAGCAUCGGUAACUCUAAAGAAAGUAUGAACAUGGUUACACCAGCUAUGCAGCUGGCAUCGAAAAUCCCUGACAUCCACGUGCAACUUUGGGGAAGUGCCAUACUUAAAGACCUACACCGAAUGCUCAAGGAACAGGCUUUGGAAAAUGAAGCCUAUAAUAAUCAUUUAAAUUUUUCGCAAAAUUUGAUUGCCGAUCAGCUCAAGUGUACUAAAUUUCCGGAACAUACACUUAUCAACUGGCUGCAGGGUGACCCACCGUUGCCAAUGCUGACGCAAGAUAUCCCGGAAAUGGCCCCCAUCCAAUCAACAGCGACAGUGGUUCGUGUCGCUGGACAACCAGGGCAGCAAAUAAUCUAUCAGUAAAGUUCGAAAUGUGUGCUUGAUGAAUUUAAGGUUCGAUUGAUUCCAAU